UUCCAUUUCAACAAAUUCUUCCCACAAUCCAAACUCUCAAUAUGGUUCAUUUGUAAUGUAUUAUCUAAUGAAAUUCUGAGUUGGUUAGCAGUUGCCCUAUCAUUGUUUGGAAAGCUCGCAAUGAUUUUAUUGUUUCAUAAUGCUCAAGGUUCUGCUAACACUAUUUUGGCUGCAGUCUCAAAGGUCUUUAUGGUGGUAAGAAGAAGCUUGGGGGACUUCGGUGUUGGCUGAACUUUUUGCAAUAUACUUUGCUCUUUUGUUGGGAUGAUCCAAGAAUUGAAGACACAUUCUGGUGCUUUCAGAUGCUAAAAUAUAGGUUAAGAUGAUGACCUUCUGGAUUCACCUAUUUCAAAUAAUUCCCUUCUAAAAUUAUUGAAACCACCCCUUGCCGAUUCCAUGGAAGAUAAAGUCCUCACCACUGGUUGUAAGCUUCUAGCACUAUGCAAGAAUCCAGUCAUAAUGAAUGAUACAAUGAAAAGAUCAGAUUUUAGCUCAAGUGGCAUCAUUUUGAAAGUUCAGGAGCUUCUAUUGAACUGCAAAGAGAUAAAAUCAAGCAAUGGGGACAAUAAAGAAAAGGUGAAGCCAGAAUUAAGCCCAAAAUGGAUAGCUUUGUCGACAAUGGAGAAGGCAUUCUUAUCUAUGGUUUCUCUAGAAGAUAUGUCUAGCACUAUGAGACGGGUUGGUGGAAAUUUUAAGGAAAGGUUACAAGAACUUGGAGGACUGGAUUCUGUCUUUGAUAUCACUACCAAUUGCUGUUCCACCAUGGAGGAGUUCUUAUGGGGAGUUAAAGGAUUGAAGAAAUUUCAUUUAGCCAAAUGGGACAAAGUUUGCAAGGAAAAAAGGAUGGGGUUUGGGAAUAAGGAAAUUGAAGGUCUUCAAUAAAGCCCUCUUAGGCAAGUGGUUAUGGAGAAGGAGGCACUUUGGAGAAGGGUGGUGGCUUGCAAAUAUGGGGUUAUUGGCUUCAGAUGGGACCCUGAAGAAGUGAAGGCAUCUUAUGGGGUAAGUGUGUGGAAAGGGAUUAUGAGCUUCCAAUCAGCUUUUCUCAAUCUUGUUUCCUUUAGAGUUGGUGAUGGAUUGACAAUUAAGUUCUAGGAAGAUGAUUGGUUGGGUAUUGGGAAGCUCUGUGACCAUUGCCCUCAGCUAUAUAGGUUGGGUAUGAAGAAUAGCUCUGUCGCAAAGAAUGUUGAGAUCAAUCAAGGUAGAGCAGUUUGGGGUCCAAAAUUUAGGAGAUCUCUAUUUGAUUGGAAAAUUCAAGAGUGUAUAGAUCUUCUAACAAAAUUACAAUUAGUGGAGCCUCAGGUGAAAAGGAAAGACUCAAGAUGGUUGAAAGAAUUAAGAAAUGGUUUAUUUUUAGUUAAAUCCUUCUAUUAGUCUCUCUCAAGGUCAAACAGGGAUAUCUCAGGGUUGAAAGGCAUUUGGGGAAACCCUAUUCCUCCAAGGGUGGAAGCUUUUGCUUGGUUAGAGGCUUUUUGCUUGGUUGUCUGGGGUAAGUUGGGACCUGGGACUAAGAAGAAACUUGAGAGACAGUGAGCUUGAACUGGCAACUUAGUUCUUGCAAAUGCAAGUCCUUGAUUCUGUUUUUCUGGAUCUUUCUAAACCUGAUGAUCGUAUUUGGACUCCACACCCUAGGGGUUUGUUUUUCUGUGCUUCUUUCUUCUCUUGCUUGUGUUCAGCCCCGAUUCACUCCCCUUGCCCGUUUAAAGAAUUCUGGUCCAAACCUCUCCCUCCCAAGGUUGGGGUUCUGUUGGGAAGUCUUUCUUGGAAAAAUAAACACGUUAGACACCUUGCAAAAAAGAAGACUUACCUUGUGACUUUCCCCAAACUGGUGUAUCCUUUGCAAAGCUUGUGGUGAAAGCUGUUACCACCUCCUAAUUUCUUUCCCUUUUGUUGUAGGCCUCUGGGAAAAGGUUUUUGAUCUUUUUGGUCAUAGGUGGAUUGUACCUCUGCAGAUUGGAAAUCUCUUUGACUCCACGACCUUCAGUUGGCCAAAGAAGAGAGGUAAAGUCAUGUGGAGAUGCAUUAGGGCUGCUGUAAUAUGGACGGUGUGGGAGGAGAGAAGUGGUAGUCUUCAGUGACAUAGAAAAGAGUAUGGAGGCAGUUUGGGAGUGUAUUUUUAAUAGAGCUAUACAUUGGGUUAAAGCCUCAAACUUGUUCUCAGAUUUCUCUGUUGAUGACUUGCGGAGAAACUGGGGAGCUGUAGCUAGAAGUUCUACUGCAAGGAACAGAUCAGUGGUAGCUUGGGAACCUCCUGAUGAAGGCUUUAUUAAGUUGAACUUUGAUGGCAGCAGCCUAGGGAACCCCAGGUCCAGUUGGUGUAGGAGAGGUCUUUAGGAAUAAUGAAGGACUCAUUGUUGCUGUGUUCUCAGGCCCGGUUGGAAUAGGGGACUCAGUUUUUGCAGAGUUCCAAGCAGUCUUGCAAGGAGUACAGAUUGCGAGACAGCUAAAUUUUGAUAGACUGCUCAUUGAAGGUGACUCUAAAUUGAUAAUAGGGUGGCUGAAGGAACCAAAAACAGUGAGUUGGAAGUACAACGAAUCUAUGAAAAAGUUCAAAUGGCUAGUUAGAGACAUGACAGUUCUUGUGAAAUGGGAAAGGUGGUCUGCAAAUGGAAUGGCUGAUUAUUUUGCGAAGAUGGGGGUGUUUAAGUCUGAGCUGUUCUUGGCUCAGUUGUAAUUUGGGUCAUUGUAGAAUGGGGUCGCACCUCAUGUCCCUAUUGGGAUAGUUUGUUUUCUAAAUCUUGAUGUGAUCCCUCUUUUUUAAUAAAAUGCUAUCACUUAUAAAAAAAAUCAUCUUCAAGACAAAGGUUUUCACUUGGCUAACAGAUGCUACCUUUGUGAGAAUUCUAAGGAGGAUGUGCUUCAUAUGCUGGUUGAGUGCCUUUUCUCCAAGUUCAUAUGGGGUUUUUUCUUUAGGCUAUUCAAAGUGGGUGGAUGAUCUCCCAAUUCAGUGGAGGAAAUCUUCUCUAAAUGGCCAAAGAUAGCUAGGAAUGACAAGGAAAAGAUCACUUGGAGUUGCAUUCCUUUUGCAGUCUGUUGGGAGCUUUGGAAAGAAAGGAACAGGAGAGUUUUUGAUGGGAAAGCUCAAUCAAGGGAUCACAUAACACUCCUAUGUGGCAAAUGAGUCAUGGAUUGGAUUCUGAUUCUCCCAGAUUUCGAAGGAAUCUCAAGUAAGAUCUUGGUGCUGAAUUUUGGAAUACCUCGCAGCUGGCGUGAUGUGUUUUUGUUUUUCCUUUGUUGUCUAUAUGGCCUAUGCUUAUUGUAUCAUCCUUGUAUUUUUCCCUAUUUUGUUCCUCUUUGUAGGGUUGUACUCCAGUGAUAUCUCAUCACUUCCAGACGUACUGCUUUU